GAUAAGGAAGAGGCUGGCGGCCGCUGCGCGCUGAGUCCCGCACACUGCAGCGCCUCUGCCACUCGCUUCCCGAUCCGGAGUUGGCCUGCGCGGGUGCACGGAGCGUUUUCUGCUCUCUCUUUUUUUCCCUUCUCUCUCUCUCUCUUACUCCCCGACCCGACUUCUUUCUUUUAAAAGGCUCCUCAUCAACAUCACCCUAGUAAUAAAGGAACCAAUUUGAUCCCAGCUCCUUGGACUGAUCCUCAGAGCGACAGAUCAAGCAGCCUCUCUCUUCCUUUCCAUUUGACAGCAUCUCCCGCUUUCCAAGAAGGGACAGCUUGUCUGCUUUUUGUUUUGUUUUUGUGUGUGUGUGUUUGUGGUUUUUUUUUACCUCUUGGAAGCUCCAUCGCAACCGUGCACCAUUUCACUGUGGACAUUAUACCCUCUUACAGAUAUGGGAGAUAUGGGAGACCCACCGAAAAAAAAACGGCUGAUUUCCCUAUGCGUCGGUUGCGGCAAUCAAAUCCACGAUCAGUAUAUUCUGCGAGUUUCCCCGGAUUUGGAAUGGCACGCGGCCUGCUUGAAGUGCGCAGAAUGCAACCAAUAUUUGGACGAGACUUGUACGUGCUUUGUUAGGGAUGGGAAAACCUACUGUAAGAGAGACUAUAUCAGGCUAUACGGCAUCAAGUGCGCCAAGUGCAACAUCGGCUUCAGCAAGAACGACUUCGUGAUGCGCGCCCGCUCCAAAGUGUACCACAUCGAGUGCUUCCGCUGCGUGGCCUGCAGCCGGCAGCUCAUCCCCGGGGACGAGUUCGCGCUGCGGGAGGACGGCCUCUUCUGCCGGGCGGACCACGACGUGGUGGAAAGGGCCAGCCUCGGAGCUGGGGACCCCCUCAGCCCCCUGCACCCCGCCAGGCCGCUGCAGAUGGCAGCAGAACCUAUCUCUGCCAGGCAACCGGCUCUGAGGCCACAUGUCCAUAAGCAGCCGGAGAAGACCACCCGCGUCCGGACCGUCCUCAACGAGAAGCAGCUCCACACCUUGCGGACCUGCUACGCCGCCAACCCCAGGCCCGACGCCCUCAUGAAGGAGCAACUGGUGGAAAUGACGGGACUCAGCCCCAGGGUCAUCCGGGUCUGGUUUCAAAACAAGCGCUGCAAGGACAAAAAGAGGAGCAUUAUGAUGAAGCAGCUCCAGCAGCAGCAACCCAACGACAAGACGAACAUCCAAGGGAUGACGGGCACUCCCAUGGUGGCGGCCAGCCCGGAGAGACACGACGGGGGCUUGCAGGCGAACCCGGUGGAGGUGCAGAGUUACCAGCCGCCCUGGAAAGUCCUCAGCGACUUCGCCUUGCAGAGUGACAUAGAUCAACCGGCUUUUCAGCAACUCGUUAAUUUUUCAGAAGGAGGCCCAGGUUCCAAUUCCACCGGAAGUGAGGUAGCAUCCAUGUCCUCUCAACUCCCGGAUACACCUAACAGCAUGGUAGCCAGCCCUAUUGAGGCAUGAGGAACAUUCCUUGCGGUGCUGAGGUCCUCAAAUCUUUUCGCCCCCUGCUGGAGAGAGUGGGAAAGCUAUCACGUUUGGGGACUUUGAGAGAAGGAGAAAGAGAAAUUAGAAAAUUAAAAGAAGAAGAAAAGUAUUUAAACACAACCGUGUUCAUGAACCUAAAGAAAAGAAAAACUCCAUGAACUGUCUGGGGAGUCUUUGUUCGUUCGUUUUUGUUUCGUUUUGCAAUGAUAAGGUAGCAACACUGUGAAGACAAUCAUCGGGAUCUUACUAGAAUAAUACUCUUAACAAAGCAAAUGAAAAUGCUUUCGUUCUUUUUUAAAAAAUAAUAACAGUCCACCCCCCCACAGAAGGAUCGUAGGGAGAUCAAGAAGGAUUUUGUUUUUGUUUUAAAGACGUUUGUGAAACGCAAGAGGAUACGGACCCAGGGAUAGCCAACUUUUCUCAAAUGGCAUCGUUGAGUGACUGCACACAAACAAACAUCGCCCAGAAAACGCCUCGUCUGACCGUCCAAACUCGAAUGGUGUUCUUCCUAGACCUGCCUCGCCCCUUGCCAAAAAACAAACAAACAAAACCAACCUUUAAAAUUAUAUACAUAUAUAUAUACAUACACAUAUAUAUCUUUAAAAGGAGCUCUGAUAAAUUGCUUAUCCCAAGAUCAAGGAAGGACACUCUCCCAACCAUCUCACGACAGAACAAGCUCUUCAGGUGGUUGGAGCUGCGAGCGGUUUGGAAUUUCUCUGUUUCCUUUCCCCCCAAGAAGGGUCUUGGAGCGCCUGGGUCUCGUCCCUCCAAUAGCAUGUACUGUAGCUUUGCCCUCUCCUCCUCCUCCUCCUCCUCUUUCUUUCUCCCUUUUCCCGAGUGGGUCGGUGGGUUUCUGUCGAGAUCCAUCCUUUUCUCCUGAAGUCUCCACUUCUCCAGUGACUCUUUUUGUUUUGUUUUUGUUUUUAAUUUAAAGGAGGGAGUCGGGUUUUUUUAUUAAAAAUAUAUAUAAAUAUAAAUAUAAAUAUAUAUCUAUCCCAAUUUAAACCUUCAUUCGCAACAAGGUAUACCUCUUUUUGGCCACACAUGAAAAAAGAAAAGAAAAAAAAGAAUCGUCUUUCGGGGUUCUGUUUUUGACUGGCGUCCGUUCAGUAACAUUCCCCUUUCCCCAAAGAUGUGUAUAGUUCUUGGGUUUUUUUAAAAUGUUUUUUAAAAAAAUGUGUGCUUUUUUUUAAUGGACUGGGGUUUUUUGCCCACCCCUCUCUCUCACUCUUUCUCUUUCUAUGGAAAUAAAGAGGGGGGAGGAGGAAAUACUUUUUGUUUGUUUGUUUGCUCUCGCAUUGCAAAAAUUAUAAAAGUAAUUUAUUAUUUAUUAUCCAAAGACUUGCCACUUUUUCAUGUCCUGAUUUGUUUUUGCUGUUGCUGUCGUUUUUUGGGGUGUGUGUGUGUGUGUGUGUGUGUGUGUCUUGCUUUUAUUUUGCUUAAAGUUUUGUUGUUUUGUUUUUUGCGGGGGAUGAUCCACGCUGGUCAGUUCUUCUCUGCAAGUCAUCUAUGAAUGAAUGGAUGGAUGGAUGAAUAAGUGGGGGAAUACAGUUCUUGCGCAGGAGAAUGUACAUUGGAUAGAUCCCCAAAAAAGAACGAAGUGGGGAAAUAGGUUUUUUUGGGGGGGUAUGUCUCUUUUUCUUUAGUGUGGUCUUUGAAAUUUCAUGUCCACAUCUAUGUGGGGCUCCUCCCCCCCUCACUUUUUGGCAUUUUUAUUUCCACCGCCUUUCCUUAAGUAUGUGAAAUAAAAGCGCAGUAUGUAGAAUGAUUCUCUCUUCAGGACUAUUUCGCUAAAUAAACAGUUUGGUAUAGAGAAACAGUAAAAUAAGGAAGGUAACUGAUCAACGUGCCCCUUUUAAGAUAUAUACGUAUAUAUAAUACAUAUAUAAAAGCAGAGAGAAAUAAUAUUAUAUAUUAAAAAUUCCGGACGCAUUUACAAGCUAGCCGCUAAAUACUUGAAGGAAAAUAUUACACGACGCGCAGGUGCAAGGAGGAGAUGUGAUAUUGUGUCACACGUAUUAUAAAUGUCAUUUUCUGAGGCUUUACUGCGACAAUAAACCAAUAAAUACACCUUUCCCCUCCUCUCCAACCUCCAGUAGGAAUCCCAGGGCUCUGGGGCAAGAUGGAAACAUUUUCUUAGGGUUCACCCCCGAACUACUUUCUUUCGAGUAAAUGUCCUGAAGCUUUUUCAAAGUGGCACGUUCAAUCGGCUUCAAAA